UCGCCUCUCUCACUGACAUUUACAAAAAAAUAUUCGCGGAGUGUGUGAGCAGACAGCGCAAAAUUUUGCCGGUAUUUUUUCAUUUGUCGUUCCUAAUUGAUUGUUGUUGUGAUACAUCGAUAUAAGUACGAUAAGGUGUUUAUUAAGAAGAAAGCGAAAAAAAUAACACAGAAUUUCUAAAAAGUGCAAAGAAAUAAAAGAAACAAUAAUACAAUAUGUCUGAACUUCCCGGUGUUUUGAACCAGUUAUUCAGCUUCGUCGAAGAAAACAAAGCCAAAUACAUUGAUGUCCUUAAAACUGCCGUUGCCAUACAAUCCGUUUCCGCAUGGCCCGACAAACGCGGUGAAAUCCAACGUAUGGUCGAAUGGACUGCUGAUAAACUGAAGGCUUUGGGUGCUGAAAUUGAAUUGGCCGACAUUGGUCAACAAACUUUGGUCGGUGGCAAAAAGAUACCUCUGCCCAAUGUUAUUCUAGCCGAUUUGGGUAAAGAUCCCAAAAAGAAAACCGUUCUAGUCUAUGGCCAUUUAGAUGUACAGCCCGCCCUCAAAGAAGACGGUUGGAAUACCGAACCCUUUGAAUUGACCGAAAUUGAUGGCAAACUAUUUGGCCGUGGUGCUUCCGAUGACAAGGGACCCGUCCUAUGCUGGAUUCAUGCCGUUGAAGCUUUCCAAAAACUUGGCAUCGAAUUGCCGGUCAAUCUGAAAUUCGUUUUCGAGGGCAUGGAAGAGAGUGGCAGUGAAAAUUUGGAUGAUCUAUUGAUGGCACGUAAAAAUGAUUUCCUUGCCAACACCGAUUUUGUGUGCAUUUCCGAUAACUAUUGGUUGGGCAAGAAACGUCCCUGCCUCACCUAUGGCCUGCGUGGUUUGGCCUACUAUACCGUGGAGGUGGAAUGUGCCCGCAAAGAUUUACACAGCGGCGUAUUUGGCGGUACCGUUCACGAGGCCAUGCCUGAUUUAUGCUGGUUGCUAAGCACAUUGGUUGAUAAGGACACCAAGAUCCAAAUUCCCGGUAUUGAAAGAGACAUUGCUCCCUUGCUGCAUAACGAAAAUGAAAUCUAUCAAAAUAUUGAUUACGAAGUUGAAGAUUACAAGAACGAUGUUGGCACCACCAAACUACCACACAAUGAAGACAAAACCCGCUUGCUUAUGGCCAGAUGGCGUUAUCCAUCCCUGUCGAUACACGGCAUUGAAGGUGCCUUCUAUGAGCCUGGUGCAAAGACUGUCAUCCCCGCCAAGGUAAUUGGUAAAUUCUCCAUUCGUUUGGUACCCAAUCAAGAUCCCGAACACAUUACCGAAUGUGUAACCAAAUAUUUGAACGACAAAUGGGCUGAACGUGGAUCACCAAAUAAAAUGAAAGUUUCUUUGGUUUCGGCUGGCAAGCCAUGGACUGAAGAUCCCAAUCAUCCACACUAUGAAGCUGCCAAGACUGCCAUUAGACACGUUUUCAAGGUGGAUCCUGAUAUGACACGCGAGGGUGGUUCUAUUCCCGUUACCUUGACCUUGCAAGAGGCCACCGGCAAGAAUGUCAUUCUUGUGCCAGUGGGAGCCUGUGAUGAUGGUGCCCAUUCGCAGAAUGAAAAGAUUGACAUAUUUAAUUACAUUGAGGGAACCAAACUUUUGGGUGCCUAUCUCUAUGAAGUUGGUAAAUUGUAAUCAGUUUCAGUACUGGUCGUUUCAUCAUAUUUAGCAAAGAAGUAAUUAAUACAUCACAUUUAUUUUGAGAAGCCGGGCUUCUGUAAUUCUGUUUUCAAAGUUUCUCUUUUUUAAUACUUUUAUACUUGUUAUUUAAAUAAAAGCAUAACAAAAACAUUUAAA